AUGCGAGCGCAGCUGCGAGUGCGCAUGCACACUAGCUGCACUGCUCUAACGCAUCAGCAGGAGCAACAACAGCAGCCCUGCGAAUCCCUUGCCUGGCCCAACUUCGAGGCGCAGAUCCCAAAGCAAACAGUCAACAGUGUCUGCCUUAGUUGGACAGCUUUUGAACUUGCACAGGUCUACAGCAUUGAAAAAUAUCAUAGACGCCAGGGCUGGCAACAGGUGGACUGGAUAGUCAAUACGGAAGCCUGCAUAACACGCCUGGAGGAGAACUUUGGCUACAGACUGCGCAUCAAGGCAUUGCGCCAGUCCGCAGACGGCACGCACUAUGAGACGUUGGCCAUAUCGCCAGAUGUUAUAGCCUGCACGGAGGCUGCGCUGCCCUCCACUAAUUGUUUGUAUCGCGCUAUACGCAAGUCCCAGCAAUUUCUGGUGAAGCGCAUGCUGCGUCGUCGUCCCAGUCUGAUUGAUCAUCCGGCAUCCAAUGGCUUUCUGCCCUUGGCCAAUGCCAUUGUGCAGCAGGAAAUGUGCAUUAUCGAUGUGCUGCUCUCAGCUGGCGCCAGCGUGCACCUGGGCAAUCCUCAAAAUGGGCGCACGCCGCUGCACCUGGCAUUUUAUUACGGUCAUCUGCCCUCGGCGCGUAUUUUGUUGAAUAAAAAAGCGAAGCUGGAGGCAACGGACUGCAAUGGGAUGACACCUGCGCACUUUGCCGUGGAUGCCAAUCAGCUAGAAAUGUUAAAGUUUGCCCUCGAGGCUGGUGCCAAUGUGGAGGCCACAGAUGCCUGCGGCUGGACGCUGCUAAUGCGAGCAGUGGUCAUGAACGCAAGCUUGGAGCUUAUCAAGCUGCUGGUUACCCAUGGCGCCGAUUUGUUGGCCCUGGAUGGCGUCGGCAAGAGCUGCAGCGAUUUGGCGAAACUCUAUCGCCGCGCUCAGGCUCAGGAUUAUUUGGACAAGGUGCACAAGUUUCGGCAACAACAGGCACUGCUGCCACAACCACAGCAAGCAGACGCAAAGGAUUAAGUGCACAGAUGAUAGUUGAGGCAUCAACUUGCUGUUCAGCUAAUGAACAAGCUAAAGUUAUA